CUUGUCCUUUUGAUAUACUGGCCUGUGGCUGUGGUUCUCAAGUUUUUGAAAGCCCUGUCUAUUUUUAGAAAUGAACUGACUUUAGACCACCUAAAAGUCUGGUUGGCUUUAAUUGACAUCAUCUUUUACAUCAUGCUGUUUCUUGUGGAAUUAAAUGUCUUGAGAUGUCAGGUAAGUGCUAAUUUUCCUUGCAAGGCUAGACAAACCUAAUUUUAAAAAUAUUUGUUUGAGCUGAAUUUUAAAAUUCAGCUGAAGUUGCAACUAGUGCAUAUUAUUAUUCUACUCAUCUUGCUAUGCAAUUUUAGUUUUAUUGAAAGAACGACUAGUAUCUCACUUCUGUUGAUUUUUAAUCACAAUUUGCCAAUUAAUGCAAUUAGAUGAACACAGAUAAAUGACUUUCGUUCAUCUUGCUAAGUGAUAUCUCAAUUAAUUUUGAUAACAUUGUACUUAUUUGAACCCAGCGGUACGCAUUCUUCAAGAAUCAUCGCCGCAUGAGGCCAC